AUGACAUUAGGUUCUGCCGUAUGCAAGACGGCCGUGGCGCGAGGGUGGAAAGUGACGAGCAUAAGCUCUACUGGGAAACCUUGGACGACUCCAAAAGGGCAUUCCCCUCCAUGGACUAGUAAGGUUUCAUGGCACGCUGCUUCAGCCUUCGACCCACCUACAUACAAGGAUCUUGUUGGUCCCUCAGCGGCGGUUGUCCACACGCUUGGGACGCUCCUCGAAGGAGCACGCUACAAGUCGGCAGUGAAGGGCUCGACGAAUCCAUUUAAGGCUGUUGGAGCCCUACUGUUCGGUGGAAGGGACGAUAACCCCCUCAGCAUUUCCGGAGAGGAAAGGUAUCGGACAUCGUAUCGAGGGUUGAAUCACCAUUCUGCCAUUCGGGUUUUGGACACUUAUAUCGAUGCGCUCUCCACGCAUUCGCCUGAACUGUCAUCCUCUAGUUUGGGCCCUCGUCAUUUCGUAUAUGUUUCUGCAGAAGAUAUUUUCCGCCCCCUCGUUCCUCGGGGAUACAUUGACUCUAAACGAGAUGCGGAGGCAGAUAUAGCCCUCCGUGUCGAAGAACUCGCCAGCCGGGUGACAAACAAUAAAUUAGACCUUCGAGCUACCAUAGUCCGUCCAGGGCUGCUGUACCAUCCUCACAUCCGCCCUCUGACCACUCCGCUUGCAACCGUCCUGCAAGGUUCCGUCUCGGUUCAUACAGCCCUCCUCAACUCUCGCAUCCCCGUACCCUCACCUGCUAAUGUCUUGCGAGCACUUGCGACCUUCUCACCCAACUCUACUUCCACACAAUCAUUCGCUCAGACACCUUCGCCCUUUGAACCCCUCAGUUCCGUGGCCAGAGCUCUGGAGACGUCGCCUAUGCACGUAGACCAUGUUGCUACAGCUAUCAUCAAUAGUAUCGAGCGGGGCCAGGCCGCGCAAGCACAGACAGUGCCGACUUCGGCACGGUUUGAGAUAUUGGGUGUGAAGGAGAUGAGGGAUAUAAUUGGGUGGCCUGUCGAUGGGGCAUGGUCUGGAAAUGAGGAAGCAAGAACGACGAACCAUACCACCUGA